CAUGCAUAUAUACACACUCUCUGCAUUUUUCAGAGAGAGAGAGAGUUGAGAGAAGAAGAUUGUUAGGAAGUCAGAAUUUAGGGUUUGCGAAUUGGGAUUUAGAGAUAGCGUUAUGGCAUUGACAAAGGCGCAGGAGCUCGUGUCCUCCGACUCGGUCGUCGUCUUCAGCAAGACGUAUUGCCCGUUCUGCGUGAACGUGAAGCAGCUCUUGACUCAAUUGGGAGCCACCUACAAGGCCAUUGAGUUGGACAAAGAAAGUGACGGAGCUCAGAUACAAUCAGCUUUGGGAGAGUGGACUGGCCAGCGGACUGUGCCCAAUGUUUUCAUUGGUGGAAACCACAUCGGUGGAUGUGACAAAACAACGGCGUUGCACAAGGAAGGAAAAUUGGUCCCUCUGCUGACUCAAGCCGGAGCUGUUGCCAAAACUUCUGCUUAAGGAAGUUCGAUGAUAGUUGGAUAAUUAGUAGUAAAGUAGAAUAAUUUCAGUAAUGUGCUUCUGUUGAUCUGUUACCACCUUUUCAGAACACAACGCACAUUCAACUUGUAUUUGUAAAAUCUCAGUUAGUAUUUAUAUGUUUCGAUUCGGAUGUGUUUCAGUAACUGUGCCUGAAUGUUCUAUAUAA